AUGUCUGUCGCCGUGACAAAUAACGGGAAGCUCCUGGCUGCCGCAGCGAGUCUUCCCACGGCACGGAGAGGAGGUGGCAGGGAUUGCAGCCCAGCUGCUGUGGCUUUUGGUGCCGAAUUGCUCCGGUCCUGCAGCCGCGGUGACGUCAGCCGGCUGGAGGAGGAGGAGGAGCUCCGCGCUCGCAGCAUAGCCACUGGCAGUAGUAUUUUUGGUUUGGCUUGUGGAGCGAUCGACAGAGUGGAACCAGAGGAUGUCUAUGACAUAAAAUCCAAGGAAGAAGAACUGGAGCUUGUGCUUCACGAAUCCUUUUACCAGACCGAGUACAUCUGCGUUUUGGCUCUAGACUGCUGUAAUCGAGCCAAUGGAAAGCCCUUCAGACUGCAUAGUAAAGGCUGGAGUCGACUCAUUUUUUCCAACAACUUCAGGCUCCAAAGGAGCGCCGCUGCAAACACACUCACGCUGCUGUUUCCUACAAGUUUGGAGAUGCUCUGGUGGACAGCCAGCAGGGCCUGGCUCUGCUUCUCCUGCUGCCUCCUGCUGGGUGUCUGCUCCCAACCAGAGGAUGGAGGACCAGAAGUGGUACAGGAACAAGAAUCAGGAGAACCUGACUUCGAGGAUUGGGAAAUGGGUUCUGGAUCUUCUCUGCUGCAUCUCUUCAACGCCUUCCCUGCUGACAGUUCCUUUGUUAAGGUGUUCACAAAAGAACCAGUCAACUGCACGCAGCGCUUCUGGUUGCCACCUUCCUCUCCAGUCUGCUGGGAAACUGUAGCAGAACCGGAGGAGUUUGCCAGGUCCCGUCUGCUUGUUCUGCAGAACAGGGCCGCUCUGCAGGCGGUGUCUGACCAGAGCGGGGUGGAGGAAGCAGGGGUUUCCUACAACCACCAAGCCAGAGAGGAGGUCCAGGGCAUCCAGUCAGACCACCAGAAGGUGACGGAGAUACUGCAAACCAUGGAGAAUGUGUUUGUCUCACUGGUGGAGAAAAGGAAAGAGGGGAAGGAGCAGGGCAUUCUUACUAGCAUAAGAGAGCGUCUUACUAACACAAGGGAGGCAAUGGAAGGAAAAGAGCUCCUGGCAAACAACCUGGAGAGCCGCUUUUCUACUUUAGAGGAGACUCUGCUCAACAUACACCUUCGACUCAACAAACUCAUUCGACAACAAUAGCAACCAGAGCCUCCUCAACAAGCAUCUGGCACAAGAGUUUAAAUUGUGCAUGCAUAAUAAGUUCCGAUGCCUACAAAG